AUGCAGAGACUAUCCAGCGCCGUCUCACGUAAAGCGGCGUUAACAACCAAACGGCCAAUAUUUUGCACCCCUUCUUCGACCCCCGCCCGCAAAUCCUGGGCACGAAUCCCACCCUUUCACCAACGAGGCCUUACAACAAGCGUUGCAGCAACCGUCGGCGACCCAAAAGCUUACCCAAAGAGUCAUGCCACAAAAGCCUCACCUUACAAGACCCAAAACUUCCUCAACAACUGCUUCGUUGAGUCGAAAGCCAAGGCUUGGAUAGAUUUGAAUGACCCAGCUACAAACAGAAUCGUUACCCAUGUCCCUCAGAGUACUGACGUAGAGCUCAAGGAUGCGGUCAGAAGCGCUCAAAAUGCUUUCUAUACAUGGAGGGCUACAAGUCUACUGCAUAGACAGCAGAUUAUGUUCAAGUUUGUCGCGCUGAUACGGCAGCAUUGGGAUAGAUUGGCGGCGAGCAUCACUCUAGAGCAAGGGAAGACCUUCGCUGAUGCCAAAGGCGAUGUUCUGAGGGGUCUUCAAGUAGCUGAGACGGUAGCAAAAGACAUGGAAACACGGAGCUAUAGAGAACCGUUGGGAGUAGUGGCUGCUAUUUGUCCAUUCAACUUUCCGGCAAUGAUACCACUUUGGUCGAUACCAAUUGCCACUAUCACAGGGAAUACGUUGAUAUUAAAGCCCUCAGAACGUGAUCCUGGCGCUGCAAUGAUCUUGGCUGAGCUUUCGAGGGAGGCAGGCUACCCGGAUGGCGUCAUCAAUGUUAUCCAUGGCUCGUCAAAGGCUGUUGACUUCAUCAUUGAUGAGCCAGCUAUCAAAGCAAUCAGCUUUGUUGGUAGCAACAAGGCAGGCGAGUACAUCUACACUCGAGGCUCUGCCAACGGCAAACGUGUUCAGGCCAACUUAGGGGCAAAGAAUCAUGCCGCAGUAUUACCUGAUUGCGAUAAGAAUCAUGCUCUAAAUGCAAUAGCUGGCGCAGCCUUUGGUGCUGCUGGACAGCGCUGUAUGGCUCUUAGCGCUCUCGUCAUGGUUGGACAAACGAUUCAAUGGCUUCCAGAACUUGCAGAGAAAGCCAGAGGACUGAAUGUAAAUGGAGGCUUUGAGGAAGGAGCCGACCUAGGGCCUCUCAUUAGCCCUCAAAGUCGUGAAAGAAUAGAAGGUCUUAUUGCUUCUGCUGAGAAAGAGGGUGCCACUAUCCUAUUAGAUGGCAGAGGCUACAGACCCGAAAAGUAUCCUGACGGAAACUGGCUAGGGCCCACGAUUAUUACAGAUGUCAAACCUCAUAUGACAUGCUACACUCAGGAGAUCUUCGGACCAGUCCUUGUCUGCCUUUCUGCGUCAAGUUUGUCUGAUGCAAUAAAUCUCAUAAACACUAACGAGUAUGGUAAUGGGGUUGCAGUCUUCACUCGUUCUGGUUCAUCUGCAACGCGCUUUCAGAAGGAUGUCGAGGCAGGUCAAGUCGGCAUUAAUGUUCCCAUACCAGUCCCGCUUCCUAUGUUUUCCUUUACUGGAAACAAGAAAAGUGUCGCUGGUGGAGGGGCGAACAACUUCUACGGCAAGAGUGGUAUCAACUUUUACACGCAGACAAAGACUGUCACUAGUCUUUGGAGAGGUGAAGACGCUAUUGAAGGCAAGGCUGGAGUCAACAUGCCGACUCAUAACUGA